GCAUUUUUACAGAAUUCUUCAUAUGGCAACAAUUUUAUCUGUCAAAAGUGUCAAACAACUGUCAAAAUGUUGACAGCUUCUGUUACCAAACAAUAUUGAUAUUUGUGUCACAUUUAUGUGAGUUUUUAUUUGAAACAUAUGUUUGACCAGCGAGUCGCUGCACAAGCGUUUUUAGAGAAUUCUAUAUAUGGCAAUAAUUUUAGCUGUCAAAAGUGUCAAAAAUAUUGUCAAACGAGUUUACACAUAACCUAGAUUCUCAAAUUCUCAUGUUAGUUCAUUCGUUACGGAAGUUUAUAGUUUAUAUCGUAUUAUAAUGGCUAAACCGAUUAGAAGCAGUGUGAGGAGCAUGUUAUUUAAGAUAAUCUGUAACUAUAAUCAAGUUCGACACGACGAAAAUGAGAGAUUACUAGAAAAGAAGCGAAUAUUGGACGAAAUCAUUCAGGCGACCGCGGGCGUAGAUGACGAAAAUGUUAGAGAAACUAUUCAAAAGCUAGCAAGCGAACUGAAGAAUGUUAUUGAUAAUAACGCAUCAGAAUCAAGUUAUUUAGAGAAAGUGUCUACUAUGACAGGUGCAAGCAUUCGUACACUACGCACAAUUAAAAAAGAGGGUUCUAUUAACCAAGGCCAAUGGAAUACGCCAGGGAAAAAACGACCCCGGCCACCAACUGUGUCAAAUUUAGACAAUUUUGAUGUGUCAGCCAUCCGUAAUAAAAUUAAUGAGUUUUAUUGCGUCAAAAAGCAGGUACCUACUCUAAGAGCCUUACAUGCGGAUUUGAAAGAAUCUAUAGGAUUCUCAGGAUGUUGUGAAACACUGAGGAAAAUACUACACGAGAACGGAUUUGAGUUUAAAAAAAAUAAAGAAGAGCGCUCCAUCCUCAUGGAAAAGUUUGAAAUAUCUGGGUGGAGGCAAAGGUUUCUUAGAGCUAUACAUAAAAAACGGGAAGAAGGAAAAAAUAUUGUGUAUCUUGAUGAGACAUAUGUCCAUCAAAAUUACAGACCGAAGAAGUCAUGGCAAGGGCCUUCAACUUCCGGUUUAGUUGAAAAAAUUUCCUCGGGUAAGCGGCAUAUUAUAGUGCAUGCUGGAUCAGAGCAAGGAUUUGUGCCCAAUGCUUUGCUUGUUUUUAGCACAAAAUCCAAAGCAGCUGACUAUCAUGAUGACAUGAACAGUUCUAAUUUUUUAAAGUGGCUACGAGAAAUGUUAAUCCCAAAUUUGACUGAGCCCAGUGUAAUUGUUAUGGACAAUGCCAGUUACCAUGUAACACAAAUAAAUAAGCCUCCAACCAUGCACAGCUUAAAGGCUGAUAUUCAAAAAUGGCUAAGGGAAAAUAAUAUCCCAUAUGAAGAGUGUUUCAAAAAGGAGGAAUUGAUGUGCCUCGUUGAGGAAAAUAAAAUUGGUCCCAUAUAUGCAGCAGAGGAGUUAUUGAAGCAGCAUGGGCAUGAGGUCCUUAAAUUGCCUCCAUACCAUUGCGAUCUAAACGCUAUUGAGUUGAUAUGGAGCCUCACAAAGCGAAAAAUAGCCAGCAGAAAUGUGGGGCUACCGGGUUCAGAUACGGAAAACUUGAUCCGAGAAUGUUUUGCAAUGAUUACCCCGGAAGAUUGGAAAAAAAGUACAGUCCAUGUAAUAAAUGUGGAACGAAAAUACAAGUCUAAGGACAACAUUACAGACACUGAACUAGCUCCAUUCAUAAUAGAAGUUCGGGAAAGUGACAAUGACAGUGAUAGUUCUCUGUCAGGAAUUGAAUUUCUUGAAUCCGAUUUCGAUUAUGAUUCUUAAAUAAAUAGGCACCUUCUUUAUAAACUAACAAUAUUAAAAGUAGAUUGAAACUAAAUUGUGUUUUCUUUCACCUACCUUCAGUUCAGCUCCAUUAUACAAUAUGUGACUUUUUAUUAUUACUAACUUUAUAAGUACAACGGGAAGCAUAAAUAUUUCCCUUGUGAAGGUUUACUUUAAUAGCACAAGGGAAAUAUUUAUGCUUAAUAAAUAAUCGCCUGUAAUUAACCCGAGUUCAAAACUUCAAAAUAAAACACAAAUAAAGUAAUUUUUAAUCCUAUCAAAAAUAUAAAUGUCAUAUGAGAACCAAGUUCAAUAUUAUGACAUAUGCCUUGGUUGUUGACUUCAACGACCAAAGAAAUGAGAUUUAAAGGGUGCCGUUUAAUGGUCAGUCCUGAAAUUUAUUUGUAACAACAAAGUAUCAUUUUCUAUAACUUAGGAAUCUUAGGAUAAUAUAAUAACUUACUUUUUGUACAGUUGAAGUAAAGAUAUUUAUGUUUACUACAUAUUUUUGUAAUGAUUGACUGAUUAGUCUACUAACAAUUCGUUCCUUCGUUUUUUAGUAUCUCUGAUAAUAAUGAUAACUAUUCAAUCAUAUUUUUAAUUUUUAAGUGGGCUAAAUUAGAAGCCAGGGGUUAUAAUUGCAUUGCAACGAUAUCCUCAGUCUGUUUACUGUAUUAAAUUUACAGUCUGCUACGUUGCAGACUUCAGUCAGUCACUAAUCAAAACAAAAAUUAAUUACGUAUGAAUUACCAAGUAUCAAAUUACUUUUUUUGCACUAUGCUUCGUGUUACCAGUUAAAGAUUUUUUGAAUUUGCCGCUUUUUUUUUGUGCAGCCACUCGCUGGUCAAA